AGGGGGCGACAGAGCGAACUGCAGGGCAUUAUGGGGCGGAGAUGGUAUUCUAGUACACACAGACGACGGUGAAGCAAGUCUAGUACGAACCCUGUAAAACAACGGGUAGCUGACAUAGGUAUCGAUAAACGAAACGGAAUCAAUCUAAGGUGUCCUUCAGACGGAAAUCGUCUCUUGGAUUUUGGUGACAUGGCUCAAAAUGAUUUAAUGAGCAACGCGGAGGACGUGGCGGAUCAGUUCCUUCGAAUGACGAAGCAAUACCUGCCCCACAUAGCACGUCUCUGUCUGAUCAGCACGUUCUUGGAGGACGGCAUUCGAAUGUGGUUCCAGUGGAGUGAGCAGAAAGAAUAUAUUGAGACGACGUGGGGAUGUGGGUUCUUUCUGGCCACACUGUUUGUCUUAAUCAACUUACUCGGACAGCUGGGUGGUUGUAUACUUAUCCUGAGCCGGAAUUUUGUGCAAUAUGCGUGCUUUGGAUUAUUUGGGAUCAUCGCCUUACAGACUGUUGCCUAUAGCAUUCUUUGGGACCCAAAGUUUUUGAUGAGGAAUUUGGCUCUGGGUGGAGGUCUGCUGCUGCUCCUUGCUGAGUCACGUUCUGAGGGCAGGAGUAUGUUUGCUGGUGUUCCCACUAUGAGAGAGAGUUCUCCUAAACAGUACAUGCAGCUCGGAGGCAGAGUCCUGCUGGUGCUCAUGUUUAUGACGCUGCUGCACUUUGAUACCAGCUUCCUCUCGAUUUUGCAGAAUCUGGUUGGUACAGCUCUCAUUGUCCUGGUGGCUGUUGGUUUCAAGACUAAACUGGCGGCCCUCACCCUGGUCAUCUGGCUGCUGGCCAUCAACGUGUACUUCAAUGCUUUCUGGACCAUACCAACCUACAAGCCCAUGCACGACUUCCUCAAGUACGACUUCUUCCAGACCACAUCAGUGAUCGGUGGCCUCUUGCUGAUAGUAGCACUAGGUCCAGGUGGAGUGUCCAUGGAUGAAAAGAAGAAGGAUUGGUGAGACGGGACUGAACUCAAAACGGCUCACUCGCUCGCUCUGUAGUUUGCCCUUUGGCAAUUCUUUUCUGUGCAGUUAUCACACAAAGCAGGUACACUACUUAGAGAGGAAAGAGCCAAUUGAGACGUGGCCUCACAAAAACACCCAAGGACCAACAGAAUGACCUGCUCUCCACUUCCCAUGCACUGUCUAUGUUUUCAUCUUGCGUGCUUACUGAAUUAUUUCUACCAGCACUUUUAGACAUAUUAGGUUAUCAUAUUUAUUUUCUAAGGUUCAGGUCAGUUUCUGUUAUUUGACAACCCCCUUGAAAAUCUGGAACAUCCAUGUUAUAAAAGCUGCGACCACGUUGAACGAAUAACAAAUUCAUCUAAUGUACUAUUUUCUCUGCCUUUUUAUUUCGGUGCCAAUUGCAAGUCAGUGUACCAAAGACGCAUCCUCAGAGAUAAACUUCAUAUUGCCUUCGAGUUCAUUUAAGCCAUUUCAGUUAAUAACAAAAUGAAUUUGAAGUAAAAUGGAGUGUCGAUGUCAUUGAGUUUAUUCAUGGGUCAGCUCAGACUUCAACUGAUAUCGUUGCUGUGUUGAAAAUUACUGCACACUGGGUAUUUUAUGUGUCAAGUCAAGUCAUCCUCAUUUAUAUAGCGUUUUUAACAAUGUAGAUUGUUUCAAAGCAGCUUUACAGAGAUAAACCAUUUAAGGUAACAGAGAUUGGUUUGGUUUAUAGCGGUUCUUGACUAAUGUUAUUUUCCAGCUAAAGUUAGUUUCGAUUCAUUUCCAUUGAAAUGAUCAUUUGUUAGUAAAUUAGGGGCCACUAACCGUUCUCUCUAAACAGACUUUAAAUGUGAACCUGUGAUAAACGCUGAUGCCGUUCACAUGCGCAUUAUGAAUUGAUUCUAUGGUUCUGUGCGCUUGAAUAUAAUAGUGUAGGUUUGUAAUUCCCUACAAACCAUGCCUAAACAAACUACUUGUCUUGCCUGGAAAAGUCAAUGGUAUGCAUCAAUCUCUCCCUCUCAGCAGGCAAAACAAUAGUUUUCAAAGCGAGAUUCUAAUUCAUAAACAUUUUUUACCAUUUCAAAGUAGAUAAACGUAAAGAUGAAAUGUUUAAUGGCCAUUUGAAAAAUGCUGUUUUCCAUUCUAAAGAUUCAUUGGCUUUUCAUGCUCCUGUAGCAAGCUGUUAGUUUGUUAUCGUGUUUGCUGUCUCUUGUCAGGUCACUUUAAAGUUUACAACCGGUGAAUUAUAGUGUUUCUCAAAUCAAGCAGAGAGUUAGAUGAGAAUAUUGAUACCUUGUGGUUUGCCAGACUCUGUUUAACCUCUUUGUACAAAAAAAAAAAAGAAAUAACUGAAAAAAUAUUGAUUUU